AUGCCAAGGUGGAACGUAGAAAAAUUAAUUACCCUGGUCCAGGAGAGGCCCAAACUUUGGGACAUCCGUGCCAACUCAUAUUGCGACCGGGUUAAAAAGGAUGCCUCGUGGGAACAAGUGGCCCGGAGCCUGCGAAAGCAUGAAUGGGCCAAAGCGGAUAGCCGAGGUCGUGCUGAAUUAGUCAAGCAAACCAAAACCAGAUGGGUGAGUUGCCGGGACCAAUUCCGGCGGGAGGUUACCAGCAAAGGCCGGAGUGGGGAGGGAACCUCCAAAAAACGGGCCUAUAUAUACACUGCCCAGCUGCAGUUCUUAAGGCCAGUAAUGGAUUUGAGGCCAACUGUGGACAGUCUGGAUCCCUUGGCAGAUUCGGAGACAAGUCCUGCUCCCACGCUGGCUGAGGACCCCGAGGACUCCACCCAGAGCCAAGCCCCCCAACCACUAGCCAGUCCACCGCGGAUUGUUCAACCCCAGCCCAGACGUCGCCGCCACGUCCCUCCAUCUACCUCUGUGCCAGAGAGUCGGGAAGUAAUUGAUGCCCGAGUCAUCGAUUUUCUGGCCCAGAGGAGGAGUGAUGGCGUGGAGGAGAAGAUGCUCCGUGGAUUGGGACCGCUACUGAAGUGGAUCCUUUGGAGAAUCACGAGUGCAUUGCUUCAGUAG